CAGGGUUACAGUACGUAUAUCGCAUCGCGUUAUCCAUUAUACUGUCGCGUUUAUAAAAUUCUAUGCCGCCGACCGAAACAACUGAAAUACUCUGGCUUGGAGACAUUGAACUACGUCGCGGUCGUUGAUUGAUGUUAUCUAUCCGACCCCCACCAUCCCCUCCUGACUUGUCGACUGCCUCUCAGACAUCCAUACCGCUCGCUAAGUCAGAUAUCCCGAAACUUGCAUUUCUUGAUCAACAUCGCGGCUUCUUUCUUGUCUCUUCUGCGCGUUUCUGUUUUUGCAUGCGACGAUGUCAGCUACUGGAAGGCAACAACUUUAAGAGGGAAUUCAAGUGCGAAUCCAGCCCUUUGUGAUCACCGCCAUAAGAACGCCCCUCAGAAUGGGCGCCAUAUUAACGAACCGACAAGCUGAAGAGCUACACAAGUCGAUCAUUGCAUACCUAUCAGCAAAUAACCUACCAAACACAGCCGCUGCCCUCAGGGAAGAAUUGAGUCUCGGAGAUGAUGUCUACGACGCAGCUACAGCAAAGAAAUAUGAAUCGCUGCUAGAGAAGAAGUGGACAAGCGUCGUCCGGUUACAAAAGAAGAUAAUGGAUCUCGAAUCCCGAAAUAUAGAACUGCAAUCCGAAGUCGACAAUGCGACGCCUACCUCCUUAUCCAAACGGAAUCAAGACCCGACAGCUUGGCUUCCAAAAACACCCCCGCGACACACAUUGGAAUCACACCGAGACACCGUCAACUGCGUUGCUUUCCACCCCAUAUUCUCCUCCAUUGCCUCUGGCUCCGACGACUAUACUAUCAAGAUUUGGGACUGGGAGCUUGGUGAACUAGAGACGACAAUCAAGGGCCACACAAGAGCAAUUCUGGACCUUGAUUAUGGCGGGCCAAGAGGUCGUGUGCUGCUGGCAUCCUGCAGCUCUGACCUGACUAUCAAGCUGUGGGACCCUGCAGAUGCCUACAAGAAUAUCCGGACUUUGCCAGGCCAUGACCACAGCGUCAGUGCCGUGCGAUUCAUACCGUCGGGGUCAUCAUCUGGGAACUUGCUCGUCAGCGCAAGCAGAGACAAAACCCUAAAGAUAUGGGACGUCACCACCGGUUACUGCGUGAAGACACUAAACGGCCAUUCCGGCUGGAUCCGCGCGGUCACCCCCUCCUCUGACGGGCGUUUCCUCCUCUCAACUGGCGACGAUAUGUCCGCUCGACUGUGGGACAUCUCGGCCUCGAAUCCAGAAAGCAAGCAGGCCAUGUUCGGCCACGAGCACUACAACGAGUGCUGCGCAUUGGCGCCGCCUGCCUCGUAUCAAAAUUUUGCCACCCUGGCUGGACUAAAGAAGCCUCCACCCGCAAGUAGCACUGCCGAGUUCAUGGCUACCGGGUCGAGAGACAAGACGAUUAGGCUUUGGGAUGCUCGCGGGACUUGCCUCAUGACGCUUGUUGGCCAUGAUAAUUGGGUGCGGGACCUCAUUUUCCACCCAGGCGGGAAAUACCUCUUCUCUGUAUCGGAUGACAAAUCGCUGCGGUGCUGGGACUUGAGCCAGCAAGGAAAGUGUGUCAAGAUACUUCGGGACGUACACGAGCACUUUGUCACUUGUAUACGAUGGGCGCCGGGAAUUGUUAAAGGGGAGCAAGCGACAGAGGAGCAGAAUGGGGGGGCCGUUGGAACGCCGAAGAAAGCGGUGGCGCCUGAAGUUCAGAUACGAUGUGUGAUUGCAACGGGGGGUGUGGAUUGCAAGUUGAAGAUAUUUGCAAACUAAGGCUGCAAAAUAAUUAUGAUAUCCAGGCCUACAGCAUAAUACCAAGGAGAGGCUAUACCGGAAUGAGAGAUGGCCAGCCCGAGCCGCGGGAGGGACUAAACGGAGAUAAGAAGUGUAUCGAAUCAACUGUGUCCUUGCAGUGGAAAGCUACUGUGCUAGGAGAGCUUCACGGGGUGAUAUCACGAAGAAUGUACUUGAGAAGGUGGAUCAGCCAACUUUGCUUCUGUGCUCUUGGCAAUCGUGGAGAUGCCUGUGCCAAAUAGAUGCGUUCAGGACCGAUAUACUGGAUCCCCAUCCCCGGAAUAUACCAGAUCAGGACACGCACAGCAAGCCCGCUCCAUCGAAAGCCAAGCUUAGUGCAGUUCAGGACUAAGACGAUGCAGGGAUGGGAACACAGAUUAGGAUACCAGUGGCUCAGCUCAGAAUGAAGUAACGAAUAGCUCGAAUUCUUGAUUGCUGGGAUAGAGACUGUGCUUGCAGUGGCUAUUGUGGAAGCAACCGUGUCUCCUUCUGUAGCGGUGGGGCAGAUGUCUCUUGAGCUUCAAGAGAAGGAUUAGACAACUUAGAUACAAUGAUAUGCUAUAAAAAAGUUGACAAGCGUGGUUUUGGACUCUGGGUGGUUAAGUAGCUGAUCUGUCGUUAUGUAGUAGUCUACCCCACUACGCCUAGCUUUGCCCCUUUUGCUCUUGAUAUAAGAGGCAUUGUUUGGGAUUCUAGGCGAUGAUGACGAUGUUCCGCUCACUAUUUAAGACGCAGUAUGGCCACGUCCACAAGUUGGCCGAAAGAGUUGUGAUAAAGACAUUUCAAACUUGGCGGAAGCUUGACACUGGCAUUGCACAAAGCCAUCACAGGUGAUUACGUGGGCACUAAAACUGUUGGCACUUGGACAAGAAGAGUCGGUGCUAACCUCGGUGAUGAGAGAAACGCGGCGACAGCACAAGCACGGUGGCGGCAGAAGCCCGUUGACAACAGAAACACGGCGAUGGGAG